CUUCUUGUGAACUUGCCGCAACUUCCGAUAUUUGAUGCGCAACUUAACUUUCAGUUUUUGAUUGGCAAUGGGACGUACCAAGCGUGACACCUCGUCGCGGAAGAGUCGACUGUCAGAGCCUCCAGGUAGCAGCUCAAAGCGCCAACGCCAUAGCACGCAUGAGACGCCCAACCAGCUGUACGCGCCCGAAGACGCCGUGCUGGUGUUGGGAGACGGCGACUUUUCCUUCUCGCGCGGACUGGUCAAGCACCGCGGCACUGGCAAAGGUGUGUUCACGACUUCGUUUGACUCAGAGAGCCAAGUCCGCAGCAAAUAUCCCAAUGCUCAAGAGUGCAUCGCGGCGGUACGGUCGGCGCAUGGGCUUGUGUUGCAUGAUGUGGACGCCACCAAGCUGCUUGAGUUGCCGCAACAGGUGAAGACUGGCACGGGGUUGAAGACCAUCCCCGACUUCUUUCAGUACAUUGUCUUCAACUUCCCCCACAGUGGACAGCAGCGCGUGCAUAUCAACCGAGCGUUGUUACUUAACUUCUUUGAGAGUGCACGGAACCGACUUACGGUUCAUGGAGAAGUCCACGUCACGCUCAAGACACGACCCCCGUACUCCAACUGGUUCAUAGAGGACCAAGCCAAGGCCGCCGGCUUCGUCAUGAAGGAGCGGCGACAGUUUAAUAUCAAGUUGUUUCCGGGCUAUCGGCAUCGUACGACGGACCCACAGGCCAAGAAGUUCGAGCCUCAUCUCUGCGUUACGUACGUUUUUGUGGUUAACCGGUCUAAGUACCCCUCUCAGAAGAGCCGAGCUGCGUUGAAUGCGGCUAGUGUCGAGGUUGCAGCUUCUGAAGCCAGCGAGCAGCACGAUCUGGCUGCUGCUAUUGUCAAAAUUGCCAAGGCCAAUGCUGUUGCUAGCAAGAACGUGAAGAGUAAAGCGCAGACUGCUGUUGCACAGAGGCAACAUCCACCCAAGAAGUCAGCUCCGAUUUCAGUAUUUCCCGGCGUGGAACAACACGUACAACAGCCCAAUGUAAUUCGUGGCAAGCUCUGGAAACCCUUGCACCGUCGAGUUGGAGGAACUUUUUUCUAGAGUGUUGCAUGCGGUUUCGGCAACUAAAGGCUACAUAAUACUUCAGUACGCUUUAACUCUUU